CUGGUCUCCAGGGUAACAGAAUCUCUUCCUUUGGGCCUAGCUCCAUUCACUGAGCCAGCUCUUUCCCUAAAUUAGAGCAAGGGAUUAAGCAUUCCUUUUUACACUGGCUAAAAAGGCAAUAAUGACCAGAGAGAGGGCAGAGAAUGAAGAGCUCAGGAGGACUUCCUGGAGGAGGGAGCCUGGAGUGCCAGGGAUGGCCUUGGAGAGGGAAAGACUGCCAGGCCAGGAAGAGGUGACAUUCAAGGAUGUGGCUGUGGACUUCACCUGGGAGGAGUGGUGCCUCUUGUCCCCUCCCCAGAAGGAGCUGUACAAGGAGGUGAUGCUGGAGAAUACCAGGAACCUGCUCUCUGUUGGGCUUCCAGCACCCCCAGAAGAUGUACUGUCUUAUUUAGAGCAGUGGGAAGUCCCAUGGAUGCUGGAGCAAGAAGGCCUGAGGAGCAUCUACUCAGAAGGAGAGAUCAGACCCAAAAUGAAGGCGAAUCCAACAGAUGUAAGUCUUCCUGUGGAGGAAAUGGACCUACAAAGAUUCAUGAUUGAUGGUCCUGAUAACUUUGCUUUCAGAGAAUUCUUUGUUGUACCUCAAAAUUCAUCUCAUAUUGAACAUCAAAGAAUGCACACUAAGGAAAAAUCUAGUAAAAAUAAUCUGUGCAGAAAGACUUAUAUGAACAGGGUCAGGCUUUCUGGACAUCAGAGAAUGCACAGUGGUGAGAAACUUUAUGAAUGCAAUCAAUGUGGAAAGACAUUCAGACAAAGCUUAGACCUUGCUGUACAUCAGAGAGUCCACACUGGGGAGAAACCUUAUGAAUGCAAGCAAUGUGGAAAGACAUUUCGUCAGAGCUCCCAUCUUGCUGUACAUCAGAGAAUUCACACUGGGGAGAAACCUUAUGAAUGCAAGCAAUGUGGAAAGACUUUCCGACGGACAUUCCAUCUUGCUGUACAUCAGAGAGUCCACACUGGGGAGAAACCUCAUGAAUGUAAUCAAUGUGGAAAGACAUUCAGUCAGAGCUGCUCUCUUGUUCUACAUCAGAGAGUCCACACUAGGGAGAAACCUUAUGAAUGCAAGCAAUGUGGAAAGAUAUUCAGUCAGACCUCUCAUCUUGCUGUACAUCAGAGAGUCCACACUGGGGAGAAACCUUAUGAAUGCAAGCAAUGUGGAAAGACUUUUAUACGGAGCUCCAAUCUUGCUGAACAUCAGAGAAUCCACACUGGGGAGAAACCUUAUGAAUGUAAUCAAUGUGGGAAGACAUUCAGACAGUGCUCCCAUCUUGCUCAUCAUCAGAAAAGCCACACUGGAAAGAAAUCUUAUGAAUUCAAUCAAUGUGGAAAGACAUUCAGUCGGAGUUCACAUCUUGCACAUCAGCAAAUUUCCCCUGGUGAGGAACUUUAUGAAUGCAAUCAAUGUGGAAAAACAUUCAGACAGUUUAGGACUUGUUGUACAUUAGAGAGUCCACACUGACAAGAAAACUCAUGAAUGCAAGCAGUGUGGAAAGACGUUUAGUGAGAGCUCCAAUCUUGCUCAUCCUCAGGGAAUCCACACAGGUGAGAAACCUUAAGAAUACAAACUAUGUGGAAAGAUAUUCACAUGUAGCUCCUGUCUUGCUAUUUUGUUAAGGAACUUUAAGCUCUCCCUUUCUGUGGCAGCAUAUCAAGGGUGAUUCUGAACUAGAAGGGAGGAUUAUGUGGUGGAUGACAGUAGGAAAAAGGCAACAAUGGUCAAGAGAUCAUGAGAUGAGGACAGGGUGAUGUCACCUAUAUUGCUCCCUGGACUGCCCCCGGACCGCCCCUAGGCCCAAUAGAAAGCCACAGUUGACUCCUGAGAUAAGAAUUCUGAGUUAGUGGUAAGAGAAAAAGUUUGAUAAUCUGAGGCAAGAGCAAAUAUUGAAGCUCUUCUUUUUCAGUUUUGUUGCUGGAUGGACUUCCUAAUUAGAAUAGCUAGGGUGCCCUAUUGGUUGCAGUAGCAAGCUAAAUGGAGCAGUGAGGAAUAUGUCUCUCCUUUUUUCCCUUCAUUUUUCCCUGCUACCUCAGAUUAAGUAAAAUUAAUUUAGUGCCAGUCUCAUAAUUUUCCCUCUUAUACUAUAUAUCACAGAAAUCACAGACAUUGACACUAAUCUUUCACCUUGCUCAAAAUUAGACAAUUCUCUCUACUUUGUCGUGAGAUCUCCUAAGAUUAGGUCCAAAUGCACUAUGAUUUAGACUUAAUAUGUGAUCUUAUAAACAAAUUAAGGGAGUGUAGAAUAGUUUACCUCUCAUACCAAUUUACUGAUAAGGGAAGAAUUUGUGACUAAAUAAGAAAUAGUUAACAUGAGGUGCAAAAUAAGCAAUUUUCAUUAUAUUAAAUUUAAAACUGUACAAACAAAAAAAAUUCAAUCAAGAUUAAAAGUGGAAACAAUUAGUUAUCAUUUGUUUUACAACAAUAUGUCCAAUUAAAUACUUCAGUUUUUGAAAAAUCUAACCCUAUUCUCACUGCCUUAGUUCAUCAAUUUGUGGCAUCUAGACCUAAAGAGGAGUUAAUUUAGUAAAAUUCCUUUGCUCUAUAGAAAUCAUUUUCAAUUAGUAUCAUUUCAUUUUUAAGGUUUUCCUAAAAUUUCCUAUGAAGCAAAAAUUAAAAGAUCAAUAUUGUGGGUUUUAAAUAUUAAAUAAAAUUAUUGACAUUCCAAUGACUUCUAUUAAGUUUAAUACAUUAUCAAAAUAAUUAUCUUGCAUAGAGAAUUACCAUGCAUUUAUCAGCUUGACACUUUGGACUGAUUGCACUCAGAGGCAGUUUAACAUAACUGAUACAAUUACAUUUAGUUCUAAAGUUUCUAAACCUAUCACUUACAUAUCUAAUCUUUUUUUUUUUUUAAACCCUUCCCUUCCCUCUUGGAAUCAAUACUGUGUAUUGGUUCCAGGGCAGAAGAGUGUUAUGGGCUAGUCAAGGUAGGUUAAGUGACUUGCCCAGGGUCUCACAGUUGGGUAGUGUCUGAGGCCACAUUUGAACCUAGGACCUCCCAUCUCUAAGCCUGACUCUCAGUCCACUGAACUACCCAGAUGCCCUCUUACAUAUCUAAUUUUAAUCUACUUUCCAUUAAAGUCUGUGUUAAAUUUGUGGCAAAAAUUUAUCACAUCAGUACAGAACUCCAAAAUAAAUAGGUUGUUUAGGAGGAGGCCAGACUCCCAAAAGAGCUGGUCUCUGGUCAUAUCAGGAGCAGAGACCUUAGGAUCUAGCCUUUUUUAUGCCAAGAAAUCUGAUGAUGCAGUGACAGAAAAUACAGUCACAAUGAAAAUAGAAUGGAUGCAAAAUAGUUCACAUGGGCAUCUUAAUGACACAAGUUCUGAUUAAUCUGGUAAAUGUAAAAGUACCCCUGUGGGUGGUAACUUUGUAGUACUCAGGGUCUUGGUAUUUUUACUAGUGAUUAUGGUGGAAUAAUAGGAGUUGGCAGUUUUGGUUAACUGAUAUGUGAAAACGAGUAUUCCUCUACCUCUUGUGCAACUUGUUCUAUAAAGAAGGCCACCCUUCCUCUUUUUGUCUGACCAUCUUGUUAUAUACCCAGGAGGGGUGUGGUAGGAUUCAUGGAAUCUCCUGAGUUAUAGGCUUAAGGUCAGGCUGUAAACAAGAUUUGAUAGUACCCCAAACUGUAAUUAUUUUAGCUAAUGUUUAUAAUUUUAAUAAAACAAACUAUAUUAUUUGACUGAA